AUGGAAGAUUACGAGAAGAUUGAGCAGGACCUCAAUGCGGGCUGGGUGCGCACUGUAAAGGACUUGUUCGCUGGCGCCUCAGGCGGCAUCACUCAGGUCUUGCUGGGUCAGCCCUUUGAUAUUGUCAAGGUGCGGUUACAGACGACGUCUCAGUAUUCAGGCGCUCUUGACUGCGCGACCAAAAUCUUCAAGAAUGAAGGACCAUUGGCUUUUUACAAGGGUACCUUGACCCCAUUGAUAGGAAUUGGAGCAUGUGUGAGCGUGCAAUUCGGUGCCUUCCACCAAGCACGAAGGUACUUUGAAGAGCAAAACACGAAAAAAUCCCCCCUCAACCCAGGCCUCUCUUACACGCAAUACUACCUUGCGGGUGCAUUUGCCGGUGUGACCAAUUCAGUCAUUUCCGGACCUAUCGAACAUGUGCGCAUUCGAUUACAGGCACAGCCACAUGGUGCUGGAAAACUGUACAACGGCCCAAUUGAUUGUGUGCGCAAGAUCUCCGCCCACAACGGUGUCCUGCGCGGCCUGUACCGUGGCGAAGUCGUGACUAUUUUCCGUGAAGCGCAGGCGUACGGAAUGUGGUUUUUGGCCUUUGAAUAUUUGAUGAACCAAGAUGCCAAGCGCAACAAUAUUAAGAGAGAGGAUAUCUCCAGCAUCAAGGUUGCUACUUACGGUGGUCUCGCAGGCGAAGCUUUGUGGCUAUUUAGUUAUCCCUUUGAUGUCGUUAAGAGCAAGAUGCAGACCGAUGGUUUCGGUGCUGAGCAGAAGUACAAGAGCAUGACCGACUGCUUUAAGAAGACGCUGGCGACUGAAGGGUAUGCUGGUUUCUGGAGGGGAAUUGGGCCUACGUUGCUUAGGGCUAUGCCAGUCUCUGCGGGCACAUUUGCUACGGUUGAGCUGAUGAUGAGAGCCUUGGGUUAA